AUGGAAAGCAACCUCACUCAAGAUGCCUCUUUCAAAAGAAAGGCCGACGAGAUUUCCUUAGAAAGAAAUGAGGAAAUCAUGAAUACGGCCAGUCACUCGGAAGGUCCACCACCUAAGAAGACUAAAACAGAUGAUGAUUUCGAGCCCUGGAACGAGGGUAUGGACAUGCCGUUAGGUAAACUGAGACCUAGAUUCGUAGGUGAGACCGAAGAUCGAAGAUCUGGCAGUGGCACAGUCGAGGAUCCUGAACUGGUUUGGUUAGGGGCGAUUCCCGACGAUGCCAUAGCUAGAGAAGCCAAUGAGGAUAUUGUAUGGAAGGCUGCUCGAAGGCUCGAGACAGUAACACACGUCUAUAUUAGAUGCGCUAUGCAGUCUACGAUGUACGUCGAUAGAGAUGGGAAGAGAAUUCAUAUUUGGAAUCCCGAUCGUAUAGAUUUCCGUUAUAAAACUAGGCGCACAGAUCCCCAUAUCGCUGUAGCUUUCGGUACUACCCCAGAUAAUCUAGUUCUAUAUGGCUUCAUUCACGUUGCUACUGACGAAAAUGGGAAGCCGGUUGACUUUGCGACGUACCGAGAUGACCAGCACACCAACGUGACUGCGGACCCUAUUGUCCCAGUCAUGCAAGGCACGAGGUUUCAAUUGACUCUUGCGAACUUGCAAUGCCCGUGGGAUGUCCUCUUCACAAUACCGAAGGGCUCCUUGACCACUUCUGUUUUCGAGCACGCUGGAAGACCGAGGGUUAUAGUGACCAUUAUUGCCCUUGCCCCCAUGACACUAGUGAAUCAAUGGAUCAUUAUUGUCCUUGCCCUCACGAUCAGGUAAGGUUGAUGAUUGACCCCCCUCGUUGUCGCCAUAUGAUGUCAAAAAGG